UUGCUUUUUCCGUAGCAGUUUUUUCCACUUGCGGAUUUUUCGUUGUGCGCGUGUUUUUCACUCGUUUCAGCUGCAUUUGCGGCCGCUGUGCAACGCCGGCGAAUCGAGAUGUCAUUGGCCUAGUCCGCGGCCACCUGCGAAGCCAGUCCAACCCGAAAAAGUUCGUCUAGAAGUGAUAACACAUAUGCUUUAAAAAAUCGUCUAAAACAUGCUUUUCGGUUUAAAAAAUAUUGGUGGCGUCUUUAUCGUACCAAUUACGAGCUAAGACCCUGUUUAUGGAUUUAACCAAGUAUAAACCCUUUUUUGGAGCAAUCGGGUUAUUGGCUCACUCGAUAGUCUUUUCCAGAGGCCAAGGGUAUUUUGUGCAGUUCCUGCUACGGUCACUCUGGGCGUUUAGCGAAGAUUAUUUUGUGCUAAUUUUGAGCAGAAAUCGAACCAGCAGCCGUGUUAAUUGGAAACAAGUGGAAUUCUUAGCUGUUACACCUGGCGGAAAUAGAGGGCAAAAUUGUAAAAUAGAAGCCGAAAGCAACAGCGAAAUGAACAAGGCUGACGUCAACCGCCGUGUUUUGGCCAUUCAGGCGAAGAAGAAGCGCCAUAAGAACAACAAGAAGCGGGGCAAGCAGAACGGCCAGGAGCAGCAGUCGAAUCCCGGCCAGAACUUGAUUCCCAAUUCCCAGUCGAAUCGGAGCAGCGAGAACUUGCAGGCACCGGAUAAUGCUAAUAAUAGCCAUGCGGAUGCGCCCAUUUCGGCCGCCUUUAGGAAGGUCGAUGCAACGGCAACGGCCUCCACAUCCAGCGGUGGAUCAGGAGGCACCCCCGAACAAUAUCAACCAUCCCAGUCGCAGUCCCAGACGCAGUCGCUGUCACAGUCCCAAGUGCAGGUCAAGUCUAAGUCGAAAUCAUCCAACUCACAGAAGGAGCACCUGCAGCAGCAGCAGCAGCAGCAGCAGGCACCGCGGAGCAGCUCCAACGAGUCCUACGAAUCCGAGAUGAACAGCGAGAACGAGGAGCAGGAGCUCAAGGAGGACUACUGCAAGGGUGGCUACCACCCCGUCAACAUCGGUGACCUGUUUCAGGGGCGUUACCACGUCAUCCGAAAAUUGGGCUGGGGCCACUUCUCCACCGUCUGGCUGUGCUGGGAUCUGCAGGAGAAGAGCUAUGUGGCAAUCAAGAUUGUCAAGUCGGCGCCGCACUUUGCUGAGACGGCCAAGGAUGAGAUUAGGAUACUAAGGACGGUGCGCAACAUGGAUCCAUCGAAUCCACGUCGCCAGAAGACGGUCCAAUUGCUGGACGACUUCAAGAUCACCGGCGUUAAUGGCACCCACAUUUGUAUGGUGUUUGAGGUGCUCGGCGACAAUUUGCUAAAGCUCAUCCGGAAGUCCAACUACCGCGGCAUCCCGUUGGCCAACGUAAAGACCAUCACCCGUCAAGUGCUGGAGGGUCUCGACUAUUUGCACACAUGCUGCGAGAUUAUCCACACGGACAUUAAGCCCGAGAAUGUGCUACUGUGCGUGGACGAGCCACAUGUCCGUUCGCUGGCCACUGAAGCCACCCAGCUGUACUGCAUGAACUCCAAGAUGUAUCCGUCAUUGGUGAGCCGAGCACCCAAGGAAUAUCGCGAGCCGCCCAUAACUGGCAAAAUGAGCAAGAACCGAAAGAAAAAGCUCAAAAAGAAGGCGAAGAAGCGCAUGGAGCUGUUCAAGAAGCAGAGAGACUACUUGGAGCAGGCGGGUGGCCAGACGGGCGAGGGCCAGGAUGCUGGCGAGGAUCAGACGGACUUCGGCGUUAAUCAUAAUGAGGUGCAGAACGGCGAUGCUGGCAUCUCCGAUGGGGAUGAGUACUUUGAGGUGAAGCAGGAGCUGGAGGACAAUGAAGAUGACGAUGAUGAGGAUGUAGCUGCUGAGCAGCCAAUACACAAGGAGCGUCACGAGCGUAAGGAGCGUCCGGAGCGCAAGGAGCAGGCACAGCAGCAGGAAUCGCUGGCUGAGGGCGCUGACAAAGCCAAAAAGAAGAAGAAAAAGAAGAAUAAAAACAAAUCUAACCAGCUGCAAGCUCAGCAGCCUCCGCUACUGGAGAACUCCACGAGCAGCGGCGACAGCAGCAGCGCCCUCAAGAGCCACCAGACCAAUGGCAGCAGUAGCAUUAGCAACAGCAACUCCAACAGCAUCUCGAGCGGCACAUUGAAAGGACAAUCAAACGGCAAGAAGAUGCCGUUGCGACCCAAGCAGGAGAAACAAUUGGAAAAGCAGCAGCAGCAGUCAUCGAAUCAGCAGCUGAACAACAACAACUCUAGUUCUAAGCCCAACUCGAAUAGCAAUUCGAAAAUCUCAAGCGGUUCCGUGGAGAACUCAUCGUCGGCCACCAAUGGACCGUAUUCUGAGCCCAUGCUGCCACCGCCUCCUCCGCCACCGCAAGCAAAACACAGGGCCAGACGAGAUCCGGCGUUGGAGGAAUGCAACGUAUUCGUUAAGAUCGCCGAUCUGGGCAACGCUUGCUGGGUGGAUCGCCACUUCACCGAGGACAUACAGACGCGCCAGUAUCGCUCGCUGGAAGUAAUUCUCGGUUCCGGAUACGAUACCUCGGCGGACAUUUGGAGCACUGCGUGCAUGGUGUUCGAGCUGGCUACCGGCGAUUACCUGUUUGAGCCGCACUCCGGCGAUACCUACUCCCGCGACGAGGACCAUCUGGCCCACAUCAUCGAGCUGCUGGGUCCCAUUCCGAAACACAUUGUGUUCCGCGGCACCUAUGCUCAGCAAUCGUUUAACCGGGCCGGUGAACUUAGGAACAUCACUGGCCUUAAGCCCUGGGGCCUAAUGGACGUUCUGCUGGAGAAGUACGAGUGGUCGCAGAGUGAGGCGGAGUCAUUUGCUUUGUUCCUCAAGCCCAUGCUGGAGUUCGAUCCGGCCAAGCGGGCCACCGCCGCGGAGUGUCUGCAACACCCGUGGCUUAGAUAAGAUACGAUGCAGCCUGGUUGUUGGCUGCGUGCCACCCAGCCAGCAACAGCAGAUGAUGCGGGAGCAGAAGCAGGAGCAGGGACGACAGCACUAAGAGCGGGAUCACCGGCGGUAACGGCGAAAGGAGGAGUUGGCGGGGGCUUUGUGGAAUCUUCAGCAUCGGUGGCUACUUUGGCUUCCAUCUCAUCAAUCGCUUCCACGUCGGCGGCAGCAAUGGCGGCGCUUAAGGCCCGUCCCUAUAUGGUUGCACCAUUCGUGACCACAGCCUCAGCACCACCCACACCACAGCCCCACAUAUCCAUUUCAACGAGCACGGCCCGCACAGCGCCAGCCACGCCAACACGCCGUCGCACCGCCCCCGAGGAGGAUCUGGAGUUGGUGGAGGACUUUGAUGUGGCACUUGCUCAAAUGGAGGAGCCGCAGACGCAUGCCAAGACCAAGUCUCAGCGCUUUUUCUGGCGCAAGGCGCUACGUCGCGUCUUCCAACGCCGCAAGUGACGGCGUCGCCGGCAGGACCUGCCCCGCUGGCAUCGUCCCGCCCGUCGCUGCCGUCGCCGGAACCUGGCCGAGCGGGUGAGGCGUAUCUGCGCCUGCUGUGCCUACGGCCAGAUCCUGCUGCGUGCAGCCCGUGUGGCCCUGCUCAGCUGCAUCCGCUGGCGAACCCGUGGCAACAUACGCAACAACAACUUUUACUUCAGCAACCACUAAAGCAUCAGCAUCAGAAGCCAGCCAGCCAAGCAAAAAGUCGUCUCCAGAGCAACAGUCGCUAAUCUCCGUGCUCCAGCUUACACGAGUUAUGUUUAAAGUUAAUGAACAACCAUUCGAUAUAGUUUUACACACGCCAGCGCUUAAUUUAUUUCCUGUGUUUUACAUCGACAAUUAGACUAUUUUUGUUGCUUCAUAUGGAAUUAUAAAAUGUAUUACCGCCUACACCUACACGAACACUUCCCCACGAAUCCUGUACAUAUAGGGUCGAUAGUGCUCGAUCCCAUUAUUCAGUUUAGUUGAAGCGACGCAUAAGAAAGCGAGAGUAUAGCGAUAGCGCAUGCCGCAUACAAACCUAAAUACAUAGGCAUAUAUCUGUUACUGUACAUUUAGCCAAGAGGCGAAUCGGCAAAUACACAUUUAUAGCGUACAUAGUUAAAUGAACUGGAGUCGAUCCAUCGGUCGGUGUCUCACUCGCUCUAUCGUCGUUUCGAUGGGCCUGUGAGGCGCUGCAGUUGGAUUUUUAUUAGCAUAUGUAAAUGUACAUGGAUGCAGAAACUUGAGCUGAACAUAACAAUAAUGAGAACGUAGUUAAUUAGAUUAUCCUCGGCUUAGUGAUCGACAUGAACAAUUUGAAAUGGCAUUAGAAUCCAUGAGAAACGUAACCUGAAAUAGUAAAGCGAAUGCACUACCAGCAACAACCACAAGUGAAACGAAUCCUUAUCCCAUAAUCGGAACUAAUAAGCAUAUAAAUAUAAUUAAAAGUAGCCGCCACUAACAAAAAGUAUUGUUCAAUAUUAAAUACUAGCGCAAGCGCAAAAUAAUUGCAGCUUUAUCGGAUAGAUAAAUAUUCAAGACACCCACACACACCAAAUUUGGCACAUUUAUCAAUACUAGAGCCACACAAAAUUUAUGGAAUUUCUCUCAACCACACUUAACACAAGCAUAUUGUAUACCUAGAGGCCACUUUAUUUAAGGCUAGGAGUUAAAGCGAUUUUUUCAAUAGAUACGAUUCGACCCGGAGCGGUAGUAAAGCUAAAGCGAGGGAUUAUCAGAAAUGCGAAGUGGAGGGCCCAUUGUCCUUGGCAAUCUGAUGGCAGGGGAUGUGUGCAUAACUGACUAUUGACUAUAUACGAGUACGUUCACAUAUAUAUGGAUAAGUGGCCUUAUUAAUUCGGUUCUCCGCACCACACCACGCACCACAAAACACGAAACCACACGCACCCAAUGCAAACUAACCGCUCACAGAUACUAACCAGUCCCCCAGCCAAUCUGAGAAAGCUAUUGCAAAGACGAUUUACGCAGCGCGAACUAAAAAAUUAUAGAAUUAGGUAUGAAUAUUAUUGUAACUAGACAGCCUAGCCAGCUAGCAAGCAGAUAUCAAUCUAAAGUUAAACUAAAUGUGUCCAAGUUGAAGGAGAAUCAAAGAAUGAGACGGUUCUUAGUAGUAGCCUGCAGUCGAUCUUCGAUGUUGUCAUCAAGCUAAUCAUAACAUAAAUGCAAAUUCAACAAGCUUCGGCUGGCCGAUGUUUCGAACAUACUUACGCAUAUACUCUUUGAAAUUCGCCCAAGACUUCCUAACGAAGCGACUUAACUUGGUAUCACAAGUGGAAAAUCGGGGGGCCAAGAACCCAGCGCAGAUGACCACAUCUAAAUGAAUUCGAACCGGAAUCAGGAACCCAGCUGCCGAAUUGCAAUUCCAGAAUGUUCUCACGCUUUCAAAGAGUAUGAUUAUGAAUUAUACGGUACGAUACAUAAUUUAUUGAUGUAGUUAUAAACAAAAUAAACAACAAAUUACACAAAUUGGAAAACAA